AUGUCAUCGUCUGGUUCGACAAGCUCAGAUAAUGCUACAAGUCUUCAAGCUAUUCAACCCCAACAUCCAUUAAACCGUUUGCGACAACUUGAACAACUUUAUCUUUGUGGUGCACCUUAUUCUGAGGCGUUUUCACUUGAAACUUUGUUAGAUACUGUUGUAUGUCUCUACGAUGAAUGUUGCAAUAGUACUUUGCGCAAAGACAAAGUUGUCUCCGAAUUUGUUGAAUUUGCCAGGCCUGUUGUUUCUCGCAUAAAAGCCCUUCGAUUGUGCAGGGAUGAUUUUGAAGUUCUUAAAGUCAUUGGUCGCGGAUCGUUUGGUGAAGUUGCUGUUGUUAAAUUGUUAAAUACUGAUAAGAUCUAUGCUAUGAAAAUCCUGAAUAAAUGGGAAAUGCUCAAAAGGGCGGAAACUGCAUGUUUCAAAGAAGAACGAGAUGUGAUGGUGUUUGGUAAUCGACAUUGGAUUACAAAUUUGCAUUUUGCCUUUCAAGAUGAUAAAAAUUUGUAUUUAAUAAUGGAUUACUAUGUUGGCGGUGAUUUGCUUACACUUCUUUCAAAAUUUGAAGACGAACAUGGACACGUGCCUGAACACAUGGCCAAGUUUUAUGUUGCUGAAAUGGUUUUGGCUAUUGACUCAAUUCAUAAACUUGGCUACGUUCACAGGUUUUUUUAUUAA